UUGGAUAUUCCUCCUCUUGGGCUCUUACUAACAGCUGUAGAGGUGAAAUACUACAAGAUGAAGGUAAGCAUGAAGGCCUGCCUCGUCGUGCUAGCAAUGGUGAUAUACUUUGCAGCUGCAGAUCCGAUUCCAGAACCAGAACCAGAACCAGAGCCUGGACAUGACGAGAAAAAAGUAAUUGUCAUCAAAGAUCAGGCAGAGCAUCAUCACCACCAUCACCAUCAUCAUCAUCAUGCACAUGGGCAUGAACAUAAACAUGACCAUAAGCAUGGACACGAGCACAAACACGGACAUCAUCAUGGACACGAUCACAAACAUCAUCAUAACCACGCCCAUAAACAUGGACAUGAUCAUCAUCACAAACAUGGACAUGAACACCACCACAAACACGGACAUGACCACCAUCAUAAGCAUGGACACGAUCACCACCACAAACAUGAACAUGGACAUCAUCAUGGACACCACCACGUGCACAAACAUGGUCAUGAUCACCAUCACAAGCAUGGCCAUCAUCACGGGCAUCACCAUGGACAUCAUCAUUCACAUCAUCACGGUCAUCACCACCUGCACAAACACGGACAUGAUCAUCAUCAUAAGCAUGGACAUGAACACCACCACAAGCAUGGGCAUCACCACCAUCAUGGUCACCACCACCUUCACGGACAUGAACAUCAACAUAAACAUGGACAUGAUCAUCACCACAAACAUGGACAUCAUCAUGGUCACCACCACAGCCACGGACAUCACCACGGACACCACCAUAGUCAUGGACAUCACCACGGUCACCAUCAUAGCCAUGGGCAUGAUCACCACCAUAAGCAUGGACAUCAUCACGGACACCAUCAUGGGCAUCAUCAUUCUCACCACCAUGGUCAUCACCACGGACAUCAUCAUGGACAUCACCACAAGCACGGUCACCAUCAUGGACACCACCAUGAGCACGGACAUCACCAUGGACAUCAUCAUGGGCACCAUCAUGGACACCAUCACAAGCAUGGACAUCACCACGGCCAUGGACAUCAUCAUGGCCAUCAUCACAGCAGUUUACAUGGGCAUAGUUUUGGUGGUCAUGGCUUCAGCUCCCACGGCCUUGGUGGAUUCAGUUAUGGUGGCUUCUAAGAUCUUCAGAGCUCCUUUUGAGGUAUCUUCAUGUAAAACAAAAUCAUCCUCACUAAAUAAAUGUUCCUACUGGAAUACGUGCUUUAAAGCAAUUCAGGAAGGUGAGAAUAAGAAUGGAUAACAAGACGACUAUUAUAUUUGGAGGCAACAUGGAAUAAAGUAUGCAAGACUUUCUCCUUUUUCAACUAAAAUUUCAUUAUCUUUAUUUAUUUCCAUCUCACUCAGCAUUUAUUGUUAUCACCAAGAGUUUGCAACAUUUCUGCUUGAUAAGAGUGAGAUCUUUCGUUCU